AUGGUUUCCUUAUCUCCUAUAUUGUUCAUACUAGCAACUGAGGUCCUUGGAAGAGCUUUGGAUACUUUGUUUUAUAAUCCAAAAUUUAUUGAAUUUAGAAUGCCCAAAUGGGGUCACAACAUCAACUACUUCUCAUAUGCUGAAAAUACAAUCAUCUUUAGCUCAUCACACUAUGGGGCUAUACAAUUAAUCAUGAAUGUGUUGGAGGAGUGUGAGGCAACUUCUAGGCAGAAGAUCAACAAGGAGAAAUCAUCAUUCUAUAUGCAUGAAAAUGCACCUCCUGAUGAAGCUAAUACAGUGCACCUGAUUACCAACUUUCUGAGGCAUCCCUUCCCUUUUACCUACCUUGGAUGCCCUAUGUUUUAUAGUAGAAGGCAUAAGAAUUUCUUUAAGGACAUUAUCUUCAAAGUGCAGGAAAGGCUUCAAUCAUGGAAGGACAAGCUACUAUCUAUUGGUGGAAGGGCAAUAUUGAUUGCACAUCUGCUUGAAAGCAUUUCAAUCCAUUUCUUAUCGGCUGUCAAUCUACCUCCCUAUGUGAUUGCUUAA